AUGCGCGCUCAGUAUCUUAUCCUGGCCGCUAUUGGUUUUGCUACCGCUGCUCCUCUUGAUGUGAGAGGAGCUGACGCCGAGGCCGAAGCCAUUCCCUUCUACCCCAAGAGGGGCGCUGAUGCUGAAGCUGAGGGGAUCCCCUUUUACCCCAAGCGCGGGGCUGAUGCCGAAGCAGAGGCAAUUCCGUUUUAUCCCAAGAGAGGGGCGGAUGCUGAGGCUGAAGCUAUCCCUUUCUACCCUAAAAGAGAUGCCGAUGCCGAGGCAGAGGCCAUCCCUUUUUACCCCAAGAGAGGCGCGAACGCAGAAGCUGAGGCCAAACCCUUCUAUCCUAAGAGGGGCGCCGACGCUGAGGCGGAGGCCAUUCCGUUUUACCCGAAGCGCGCUGCUGAUGCCGAAGCUGAGGCUAUCCCCUUUUACCCCAAGAGGAACGCCCAUGCUAAGGCAUAA